AUGAACUACCUGCGUCGUCGUCUGAGUGACAGUAGCUUCGUGGCUAACCUCCCCAAUGGCUACAUGAUGGAUCUGCAGCGCCCCUCCCCGACCCCGUCUCCUCCGCCCUCCUCCCCGCGGCCCUCCAGCACCCGCAGCACCUCCUCCCCGGCCUCCCCAGCCACGGAGCGCCGUGGUGGUGGAGGUGGUGGUGGUGGUGGUGGAGGUGGUGGUGGUGGGUUCCUGACCUCGUUCUCCAGCGUGGUGAAGACGGCCCAGAUUGCCAAGGCAGCGGCUCAGGCGGCUCAGGCUGCUCAGGCUCCACUCAUCAGGAAGCCCAAAGUGCUGCUGGUCAUCGAUGAUGCACACACAGACUGGGCCAAGUAUUUCCGGGGCAGGAAGCUGAAUGGAGAAUACGACAUCCGCGUGGAGCAGGCUGAGUUCACGGAGAUCAACUUGGCCUCCUACGUCAGCAACGGAUGCAUGAUUGACAUGCAGGUCACACGCGGCGGAUCCAAGGUCGUCAGGACGUUUAAGCCAGACUUCGUUCUGAUUCGCCAGCACGCCUUCAGCAUGACCCCAGGAGAGGACUUCAGGAGCCUUGUGAUUGGUCUCCAAUACGGGGGCGUGGCCAGUGUCAACUCACUGCACUCCAUCUACAACUUCUGCAGCAAGCCCUGGGUGUUUUCUCAGAUGAUCAAGCUCUACCACAAUCUGGGCCCGGAGAAGUUUCCCCUGAAUGAACAGACCUUCUACCCCAACCAUUCACAGAUGCAACCAACGCCGCUGUACCCUGUAGUGGUGAAGAUGGGACACGCUCACGCAGGAAUGGGCAAGGUGAAGGUGGAUAGUGAGGAGGACUUUGAGGACAUGACCAGUGUGGUGGCCCUGGCUAAGACCUACGCCACCGCAGAGCCCUUCAUAGACUCCAAAUACGACAUCCGCAUCCAGAAGAUUGGAACCAACUACAAGGCAUACAUGAGGACGUCUAUUUCCGGGAACUGGAAGGCCAAUACAGGGUCGGCCAUGUUGGAACAAAUUGCCAUGACGGACAGGUAUCGCCUGUGGGUGGAUUCGUGUGCUGAGAUGUUCGGAGGUUUGGACAUUUGUGCGGUGAAGGCCGUCCAUGGGAAAGAUGGAAACGACUACAUCAUCGAGGUCAUGGACAGUUCGAUGCCUCUGAUUGGUGAGCAUGUGGAGGAGGAUAAGCAGCUGAUUACAGACCUGCUGGUGAACAAGAUGACCAGCAUACUAUUGGGAAUCACCUCACCACAACCACAGCCCACCAAGGCGGUUCCACAGAUGGCCCAACCCAGACGCACACAAGGAGGUCCGAGGUCGGCAGCUGGUUCUCCGUCCCAGUCGGCCCAUGCGUCUCCGCAGCGUGCCCGAUCAGCAAGCACCUCUCCCAGCCAGGCCUUCCAGCCCGGGCCCAUCCCCGCUUCCACCUCCGGAGGUCCCUCACAGAAGCAGCCCCCACAACUCAAUAAGUCUCAGUCGCUGACCAACACCUUCACAGAGACGCUGCGAGGAUACACCACGGACGACGAGGCCAAAGCAGAGACCAUACGCAGCCUACGGCAGUCCUUCGCCAGCCUAUUCUCCGACUAG